AUACCAUUGCGAUAGUAGCAUCGAUGUAUUUUUUACAUCCCUAUUCUGCAAUAUUAUUUUAUUUCACGGUCCAAAAACAAGAAAACAGGGCUUGGGGCUUGCUUUUGAGUCGCACAAACGCAAAUAAAAGCCAUGGACGUUGCUGCUGCGACGCCCGUUAGUUCUGCCGGCGAUCAGAAAGCCCAGAUAAUGCCAAUCAGUCCGAAUCUGAAGCCAAACCAAGCGCCGGUCGCAAACGCAAAGGCAACAACAAUCGAAAAUGGUGUACAAACAGGAGGAGCGAAAAAGCCAGAGAGUUGCGAAUCGACACAUUCCACUGGGGCAGGCCAAAAGGACGAAAAGGACGAGGGCAAGCCCAAGACCGAGCUGGCUGACAAAGUAUUGAUUACCAUAUGCAGUGCUGAUAGGAAGAUCAAAAAGACCUUUAUGUCCUUGCCCAUGCGGAAGGACGUGAUCGAGAAGGCCCACAAAUACGGCUUGUGCGGCAGCACGAUUGUCCUGGAGAGCAACGGCUGCGAAAUCUGCGAGGACGAUGUACUUCUGUUCGCAGCCAAGGAAAAGAUCUUGUUGAUGCUCCUCGCAGAAUCGGAGGAGUAUGUGGUGCUGCCUCCGCCUUCGCCGCUUAAUCGAUCCGAACGCGCCAGCAGCUCGGUUGAUCCCAGCUUCUAUGCCAACAACAGUAUUGUGUCUAACCCAAACGACUCAACGGUGUCCAAUGACGAGACCUUGUCGCUGUCCAGCGUUACACCAUCAAGUGCAAAGAAUUCGGCAUUGUUUAAGGAGUUUUCGAUACCGUGGAGCAAGGUGCCCGGGGACAUCAUGAAGCUGCUGAAAGGAAAGGGUAGUUUGGGCAAGCGUCUAAAUACCCUGGCAAAUGUUUUGGUGGAAGCUCUCCGUGAGAUAUCUGCCCACGUCCCCAUUCGGGUUUUCCGACAGGUUGCUCAACAGGCCGCUGAAAAGUAUCCGGACUCUCUGCUUGAAAAGGACCGCGAGGGUCAGUUCAUAGCCACUACGCCGCAGUCGCUCAUCUCCAAAAUGAUCAACCGGAAUAACUCCCUAAACAAACCACAAAAGCGGGGGGGUUCGGGAACUUUUGAGAUCCACAUCUCCGGUAAAAAACGGAAACUCGGGGGAAGUGCCUCCAAUGGCGACGCUAAGGCACUAGCUCUCAACAGAGAUCUGGAACAGAAGAAGGAACUACUCAUUUCCAGCUACCGUGGAAGUUCUCCCCUGGAGCAGUCCACCAUUAUCGAAUAUAUGAAGGAGUGCUUCCCGUUGCAGCGCUCGUUUUUCAACAAUAGCGAAAAGAUCCCGGACAUCACAGCCAUUAAAGACAAUUGGCCGUAUAUUUUUGACAAGGCUGUGCUAUACCAGCACUUUGAGCUGCUUAUGUCCAUUGACCCUAGGGCUUUAGAAAAGCGCUUGGCCGGCGAAAAGGAUCGCUUCUUUAGAUUCUUUAAAAGCUCAAAGAACAAGAAAAUCAGCGCUCUGGAGGAGAGCAAUGCUAACUUGCUGCGUGGCAUUGCUUAUCACUUUAAUGAGGAUCCCGACUAUAUCUUCAAGCAGUUAGACAGCGGCUUUCUUAGCAAGGAAGCGUUGCAGACCACAAAUCCCACAAACGCCCCCUGGGUAGCUCUAGUCAAUUCGCCCAUUACAACGGCCGAUGGCGAGGAAUCGCAGAUGGAGGCUAAGGUCUACAUCGAGGGCCAAAUAAUGGCUACGUUCGCCGCCAAAGACGACGACCUGCCGGACAUUCUGACCCAGUUGAUCUGCUACUACUAUACCUUCAACAUGAUGUACCCCAAGGAAGCCAAUCAAACACUCGAAUUUAUCGUCGUUUACUUUCUGCAGCACUCGCCGGAACAAGUGCGAUCGGCAAAAAAAUCGGUGACCACCAACAGCAAGUUUAACCAGUUGAUCGCCAAGCUGGCCAACGCCAACGGCUGAAAUAAAGUAAUGGAUUUGGAUAGAUCCAUUGCGCAGCUGGCGUCGCUUAAAUCUCCUCUUGCUUCUCCCAUCCAAGGAGAAGCCGAAUUUUGUUUAGUUUAUUUAUUUUCGCCGACCUAUUCCACAUGUAUUUGUACCACUACUUUUAAGAUUUACAUAAAGCGUGUAGUAAUGUUGUGUAUACAUUUCUGAUUUGUCACCCGA